AGUUGUGAGGCCCAAGCCAAAGAGCCCAAUAGCAAGAAAGCCCAUUGCUUCUCUAUGAUGAAAAUUGCUUAAAAGAAGGGCUGGUUGACAUUACCAGCAGCUUGGAUAUUUUGUGGAAAUUUUAGUUGUUCGUAGUUUCUUCCUUAGUUCGGGGUCUUUACUCUCAGCACAAGUGCUCGAUCGAAGUUUGGGUUCUUCCCGUUGGUUUGUAAUCUCUCUUCAUUUUGAUUUUGUAAACUUCCUUCUUAUUGUAUUUAGGUUGUUAAUUUUCGAUGGACAUGUAUGAGUUUGUUGGUGAUUAGUUUGUGUGGUUAUACUGGGAUCAUGUUCCUGUUAUGGUGCUGGAGCUUGAAGCUUGGAGAGUUUAGACACGCUGGGGCGACCUUUAUGGCUUGCUAAGCUUCUCUGUUAAUUUUGUGGUGAUGCACAAAACCUGUUCGACUAAUGGUCUGAACCAGAGUCUGCAUCAGUUUGGUAUCGAAGCAGGAUGAGCACCUGGGAUGCCCGUGCUCACGAUCCGGGGGGCUGGAGUAGGCAUGAUGAAGGGGGGUUUGUUCGGCUAACUAGCCAAAGCUAUGGUCAUGAUCACGUUCGUGAUGAGAGCACCGAAUGGUACGAACGGCGCUACAACCAUAUUUGGUACAAUCUAUCUCCUUACGUGCGAGCUGAGCUCAACGAUCAACAAUAUGAUCAUCCUCAAUCUAACCUCGAGCGAGUUGAUCGAAAUGAACUUCAAGGCAUCUGGUAUGAACGUUCCUGCAAAACCAGCGCUGACAAGUAUGCCUAUGAGAGAGACACCUGGUUUGACUGGCGUCAAGAUAGCAUUGAAAAGCCACAUGAGAGGCCUCGACUUUUCGAUCAUAAAGUGGAAGGAGACCGUGAUAGAUUGGAUUGGUAUGACCAGAAUCUGCAUCUGUCGGGCCCUAAUAGAAGUGAACCGCACCACGAUAGAGGGAAUGAGAACUACUGCAGCCACAUAAAUCUUCACUCAGGUUUGUCUAACUGGAAUGAUAAGCCUCUAAAGGAUACAUAUGAUUGGUAUGAUCAUCCACAUAAUCGGCCACACAAGCAAAAUCAAUAUUGUGAUGAUAGAGCUGAUUGUUAUGCUCUAAGUUGUGACGACGGAGUGGGCAAGAAUGAACAUUGGUAUGAUGGCACUCAGUUGGCGGAGCAAGAUUCGCUCAGUUUACUAACAGGGGCAGCCGAAAAUUUCAGGAGAAUUAUGAGUCAGACAAUGAACAAAAUGAAUCAAAAGCUAGACAUGAUUGAGAAGACAUUAGGUGCUAGAAAUGCUAAUCUGUGUAAGGCUAAAGAGGAUCUUGGGACUCAACAAGUUCAUGUCGACGAGCCUCGAAAUUUGUUACCUAUUUCAAAGAAAAAUGAAGCUUCCUUGCUUGUUGAAGAGAUGACCAUCUGUGAAAAUAUUGAUGGAAAAAUGAAUGUAGUUGUUUCAAGUAUUGAGAAAGAGGAUGGAAAUGACAAUGGGAAACAUGACUUUAGUGAUGGAAGCUCGCUCUUGAAGCCACUUCUAGUUGAAGAGAGUUGUCUUGAAUAUACUAAAGGACCUGAUGGUGCAUCUUUGGCUUAUGUGCUGAAACCAAAGGUAGAGCUUUCUGGUGAGCAUAAUAGACUUAUUCUUGUUCCAUGUGGUGAUCAUAUAUUUAAGGUGCCCAUGCUUACAAAUGAAGAUGGCAUCUAUGAAUGGAAGGACAGGGCUGCCAAUCACAUGGAUAAGUCAGCCGUGGAUCAUUUUUCAAAGGGGAAUGUUGGUGAAAUGUGUUUCCAUUAUGUGGACAAGAACAAAGAGGAGGUGAUGUGUUGUGCUCCUAUUCUUGCAACUUUGUUUAAGCAAAAGCAAGGAAAGGCAGGUAAGGAGGCAACCAAUGUCUUCUGUCUUAGGAUCAAUUGUCAACCAUACAUGAUAUUCCAAUACCCAAGUAUGGGCUGGACCAGUUUCCAUAAUUUUCUUUUAGCAAAACUAGUCCAUACUCCCACUGGUAGUUUGGGGGAUGACCUUCCUCUGUUGGAAAGGUUGGUAUGUGCAAACAAGUUUUAUUGUGAGACGCUAAAGGAUGCUUAUGAGGGGAAACUCGCUUCCUUAGUUUCCUUAAGAGAAGAUGAUGCUGAAAUCAUGGAAUUUGCUAUGGUAGAGAAUGCUCAAGUCCUUGCUACCUCAUACUUUGAAGUUAUCCUGCAUGAAUUGCCUGAUUGUUUAAUUGUUGAUCCAAUGCUGGUGUUGGGUGUGAGAGGUGGUUUUCAGGACCAUAUUGCUAUGUUUUUUCUAGUUCUAAAGUUACCCAUUCCAAGAAGGCUCCAAUGGGACCCCGGUGGAGCUUGCAGUCUAUCUAAAUUCGACAGAGUCGAAUUCUAUUGGGAGAGAAGAAAUGAUGCAUUUUGUAGUUGUGAGGCCCAAGCCAAAGAGCCCAAUAGCAAGAAAGCCCAUUGCUUCUCUAUGAUGAAAAUUGCUUAAAAGAAGGGCUGGUUGACAUUACCAGCAGCUUGGAUAUUUU